AUGAGUUCACCAAGUAUUACUACUUCAUCAAAUAUGGAGUCACAACCUGUUGUGGAACCAACACAAGCAUUAGGAUCCGAAAAUCAAGUUGAGAAGAAGGAUAAACCAGUUAAAAAAAGGAAGAAAAAAUUGGAAAUAGCGUGUGUUUAUUGUCGUCGAUCUCAUAUGAUUUGUGAUGAAUCAAGACCAUGUCAGAGAUGUAUUAAACGUGGUAUUGGACAUUUAUGUUACGACGAACCAUCAAAUCCAAGACAACGUAAAAAAGCUGCUGCUUUACGAAAGACUCAAAGUGAGGGUGGUGCACCAACUCCAACUCCAGCAUCUAAUCCAGUUCCUAAUCAAGUACCUGUAUCAGUUCCUGUGUCAACUGUUCCAAUUUCUCAAACUCCGGGUGUUGCAGCAACAAGUCAUCUGCAAUUACCGUUACCACCUUUACAAGCUAGUGCUCAAGUGUCUCCUACCCCACAACAGCUGCAGCAACAGCCACAACAACAAUUACAUUCACAAAUACCACCAAAUAAUAAUCAACGUCAUCCAAAGAUAUUGAAAAACUCGGUACUAUCACAAACAUUACCAUAUAAUCAACAACCUUUUUUUUAUUCAGAACAUGCUGGAAGUGAAUUUAGUUCGUUAAAUGAUUUUUUAUCAAUGAUUGAUGACCCGGAAUUGGUAAAUGGGGCACUUAAUGAUGAUCCUAAUGGAAUUCUAAGUUUUGGAGUAUCUAAUAGUAAUACUAAUAAUACUGCUGGUAUCACUAAUACCAACACUUCCAACAACAACAACAAUAAUAAUAAUAAUAAUAAUAAUAAUGGAUUUGGUAUUUCUGGUGGGAAUAGUGUUACUAAUUUAAAUGCAGUGUUGUCAUUUUCUCCAAAUCUGAAUAUUUUCCCGUCAACUUUUCCAAAUGAAUCAGAUCAGGUUCAACAAAUUCCAGAUCAACAAGCCCCACUAUUGAAAGCCGAACCUGGAACUGAAAAGAAUAACAAUCAAACUCAACAGUCGGAUCAACAACAACAGCCAAUGAUUUCUGAUUCUGCUAGAGAUAAAUUUUUCCUUACUGCUGCUGAUCCUACUACUGAAAUUUCCCCUGAAGAAAGAUUAAAACAAGUCAUCAAAGCAAAAUUAGAAGCUGGAUUGUUGCAACCAUACAAUUAUGCCAAAGGGUAUGCAAGAUUACAAAGGUAUAUGGAUAAUUAUAUGAAUAUUUCUAGCAGACAAAGAAUCUUGAAACCUUUAUCUAUUUUCCGUCCUGCCUUCCGAGCCAUUGCUCGUACAUUGAAAGAUGUUGAUUUGGUUUUAGUUGAAGAAAGUUUUGAAAGAAUGUUGUUGGAUUAUGAUCGUGUUUUCACAUCUAUGGCUAUUCCUGCUUGUUUGUGGAGACGUACCGGAGAGAUUUAUCGUGGUAAUAAAGAAUUUGCUUCAUUGGUUGGCGUAACUACUGAUGAUCUCAAAGAUGGAAAACUUGCAAUUUAUGAAUUAAUGAGUGAAGAAAGUGCUGUCAAUUUUUGGGAAAAAUAUGGAGCUAUUGCUUUUGAUAAAGGUCAAAAGGCUGUUUUGACAAGUUGUAAUUUAAGAACAAGAGACGGUAUAAAAAGAAAGAGUUGCUGUUUUAGUUUUACUAUCAGAAGAGAUAGAUAUAAUAUCCCAAGUUGUAUCGUUGGUAAUUUUAUACCUAUAGACCCAUAG